GGUGAAGGUGGGAAAGGACGAGGCCCCGUCUGGAUCCCUGUGUGAGCCUGCUCAGGCCAGCACUGGUGAUCGCAAGGUGCAGCAGUGUGAAGGGUUGAGGAUCCUCCCUGAAGAUCUGAAGAUCCCAGUUCUGUUUCAGCCCUUAUUUCCUGGGACCCGCAUACAGAUCCAGGGCACUGUGCCGACAGAGCUGAUCCAUGUGACUAAAGUGCCAGUGAAACAAGUGCCGCUUCAAACGCAGUCUGUAGUGAAGCCGUCAGUAAAGAUUGAAACUAAAAAUGUUCCACUCACAAUACUGCCCUCCGAUUCAGGUAUGCCAAAUGCUCCAUUUAGCAAGGACAAAAGUGGCCAUGUAAAGCGUCCAAUGAACGCAUUUAUGGUGUGGGCUAGGAUUCAUCGGCCUGCCCUAGCAAAAGCUAACCCAGCUGCCAAUAAUGCAGAAAUUAGUGUUCAGCUUGGACUGGAGUGGAGCAAACUGACUGAAGAGCAGAAGCAGCCCUAUUAUGAUGAAGCUCAGAAACUAAAACAAAGGCACAGUGAGGAAUUUCCUGGUUGGGUUUAUCAACCACGACCAGGCAAAAGGAAGCGUUUUCCACUGCCUGUCUCUGAUGUAUUUUCCGGCACUUCUCAGAGUAUCAUCACUACAAAUCCAGCUGGCAUUUGUCCCUUCCAGUCACCUGCUUACUCUGUUGUCAUCCCCAAUGUUAAGAGCGUUAUUGGACAUCCAGUCUGUGCGCCUCCUCCUGCCAUCUGUCUGCCGGCUUCUUCCAUUCAACAUGCUGGUCCAGUUGCUGUUUUCCACACUGCUAGUGCAAGCACUACAUCAGUAGCUGUUCCAGCUCCAACCCUGCCCCUGUACCCUGUAAUUUCACCACAGCACUUUGCUGAGCCUGCUGAGACAGCAGCUCUUAAUGUAUCAUCUGGGCUCAAUUGCUCUCUGAAGAGACCUACACCAGUUUUCAUUGAGAACUUCAGCAGAAACCCAAGUAACAUAACCACCACUAAUGGUGGAUUUUCUAUCUCUAAUAGUGAGCCCCCAAAGGAGUACCCAGGGGUUUCUAUUUUUCCUAGAGGUGUACCUCUUCCCCAGGCUACCCCUUUUCUUCACUCACAUCUAUGUGAGUCUCCUGCCACUGGUCAGCCAGCCAGUCUGUUUGGAGUAUCUCCUCAGUUUUCAUUUCACUACCCUUACUGUGUACCUGGAUCUCAGUAUUUCCCCUCAAGCACGUGCCCAUUCAGCCAACAUCCGUUUGGCUGUGACAAUCUCUCCAGCUCAGUGCCUGAAUGCCUUGGCUUUUAUGAAGACAGGUACCAAAGACAGGAGAUGUUUUCAGCUCUGGGUGGAGACUAUCCUUUCAAGGAAUACCCAGAAGAAAGUACACCUGAGAACUACCGCAGCUGUGAGAGCCUUGAACCCAGCAGCAGUAAGGACAAGCGGUAUUUAAGCCCCCUACCACAACUGGAUGUUGAAGAACUGCAGGAGGUUUUGUCAGCCACCCCAUCUACUCCCUCCACCAUCCACAUAGUCAAUGUAACUGACAGUGAUGAGGAAGAAGCAGCAAAGUUGUUGCAAGAAUUGUAA